UCUGACAGACUGGUACUCUGUGAGCUUCCACAAAACACCAGAGAACAGUCUGUUCAAACCCUUGGCGGAAAACACAUGUACUUAAACUGGUCAAACAUCUUUAAAGCCUUCCUUCAAUGUCUUUCAAGGGCUCUAUGAAAUGCCCUGUGCCUCCGUCCAUCCCCACAACCCUGGAGGCCAAGGUUGAUGACUUACGGUUUAAAGUGGAGCAGCUCCUCUUGAGCCCAGAGAGAAGUUGCCCCAUGUGUGGGACCUGCGUUCAGCACAGCACACUGCAGGAGACCGUGACCAGCCAGCUGUCAGCUCAGACCAGAUUGUUGGAUUCUCUUGAAAAGAAAGUCUUGGAGAUGAGAACAGCUCUGGAGGACCUGGCGCGUGGUCUGGAGGACAGACAGUGUGAGAGAGUGUCUGUGCCAUUAGCGGCUCUACAGAGACGGAAAUCACUGCCUGUUCGAAACUCUGCGGAGGAAAUCUAUGUUCGCUUGGACAGAGACUGUAUGGUGCCACAUGCCUUUAAUAUGCCUUUGGAGAAAGGUAUUUUGCUAGAAAUCAAUGAAAACAACGGAACGAGAACAGAGGACCAUCAACCUAAAAAAGAUUCAACAGAGGUUAAAGUUCAACAUGAACCUAAAUUGCAGAUCAAGCAGGAAAAAAAAAAGGUGUCAUACAGACAGUGUGAGAGAGUGUCUGUGCCAUUAGCGGCUCUACAGAGACGGAAAUCACUGCCUGUUCGAAACUCUGCGGUCAGUGGAAAGAAGGACAUCAGCCAGAAUUGCUUAUAA